AUGGCCAAGACAUUGCCACUCCCACCCCAUUUCUUUCAAUGCCCUGAUCUAACGGAACGAGAAGUCCAAUAUUUGAUUGGAAAAGCAAAAGAAUCAGCGAAAUCAUUAGUUGAUGCUACACGUAAUAAUGAAGGACCUGUACGAUGGGAAGAAGCAGGUAUGCAUCGUGGUGUACAAUUGUAUAAAGGUGAAGCUCGAUAUCCUGAAAGUGUGGUGGGGGAAUCCAUAACGUACGGCUGUGGUGCCACGACCAUUCAAUCGACUUUAGAUGAAGUUGCGGAUUUCUUUGAUGUCUCGACUGAUGCAAAAUUAGCUGAUUUUGUUGAGAGUUUUUCCGAUAUAUUAGAUGCUCAACUUCUCUAUGUAUUAGAAGAUCCGGCACUUUUAAAUGAUCCACGAUACAAUGCACGAACUCAACGAAAUGGAUGUAGUAAAAUGCUCAAUGCAAAUCAAGUGACUGUCUCGUGGUUUGCUAUUGACAUUCCAUCGAAACUUUUAAAGAAUCGGGACUUUCUAACUGUUGAAUGUCAAAGUACGUUUCUGGAUGUCAGUGGACGUCGUGGAUGGGUACGUUCGUAUCAUUCGAUUAAAUUACCAUGUUGUCCUGAAUUAAGUGAUUACAGUCUCGUACGUGGUAGUUUUUACCAUACGGGAUAUGUGUUUGUGGAAAGUGAACGUCCUGGAUUUCUCGAUGUGAUUUUUAGUGCUCAAGUGAAUUUAAAAGGAAGUUUAAAAGUUCCUGCACCAUUAUAUGCUACCAUUCAAAAGAAACGAUUGACAAGUAUUGCUCAAUUGCAAAAACUUAUCACACGUCGACGUUUAGGAGCUCAACGAUUCCUAGGUGAUCUUGAACUUGUACCAAAGAGUCAACGAACUCAUUGUAACUUAUGUUCCUCGAAAUUUGGUUUGAUCAAUCGUAAAUCUCGAUGUCGAAAGUGUGGUGAAGUUGUUUGUGCAUCGUCUUGUAGUACUGAAUGGGAAGUUUCGAUCUCGGGUCAAGGUGUACGAAAGGUACGAGUGUGUUCCAAAUGUGCUCAGAAUACCGAUCCUUCUGCUUUUGAAGGAUUAACACCAAGUGAACAAUAUUCCGAGACAAAUAGUGGUCAAGAUGAAGAUGCACCGUAUGCAAAUGUUCAUGCACCAGGAUAUCAAUAUGAACGAUACAAUCGAAGUGAAUCUGGUUCUUCUCCAACAUCACGUAGUGGACGUCAUGGUCAACCAAGUUUGGAUAGUGAAGAUUCUGAUAGUCAACGACGUCGUUUACAAGCAUCAGGUCGACGUGGUCAUAAUGAAAGUUUAAGUCCACGUGGUGAUAGUUUUUAUGAAUCGGAAUUAGAAUAUCCACGAACGAUGGAAAUGCCAGGGAAUGACAGUAUGGAGUCUGAUCGAUACCUUCUCGAUGGAAAUGAAUCGGAAGAAUAUAUGCAAUCAAGUGAUAAACGACGUGAUGAUCGAAGAUAUGAUCCACGUAAUCCAGAUGUGUACGACCACGAAAUGUUUGGACGUUCACCGCCACCUUAUCGUGAUGAUGAACAACGUCGUGCAUUACAACGACAACAACGUGCUUUGCAACAACAUCAGAACAAACAACGACUUUUACAACGUCAACAACAUCAUCAAGAUGAAUUGAGACGACGGCGUCAGUAUCAAAACGAUGAUUCAGAGCAAUAUCGAGAUGGUAUUGAACCAUUUGCAAGCAGUCAAUCAAGCGGAACAAGUUCUGGUGCACCAUCAUUUUUGACGUCGAGUUUAUUGGCACAACAUACGAAAGAUAGUGGAAAACCUGGUCCUGUAACAAGAACCGAACGGGCAGCAACGAUUCAAGAGCGAACAAAACGGAGAGGACCAGAUCCUCGAGAACCAGAACGACGUUUAGCAGCUCCUGCUAUGCCGUCAGACCGACCAUUAACGCGUCUGGAACAGAUUCAAGUGAAAUUGUGGGAGGAACAAGAAGCAAGAUUUCGUGAUCAAGUUGAUAUGGGACCAUCCUACGAUUUUGAACUUGAUCUAGAACCGGAAGUUCCUACAAAAUCAACUCGUUAUCAACGAACAGGAAGUAUCGAUGGUUUAACACGACGACGUGGUCCAAAAUUACCAGCUUUUUUCCGUAGUGCUGAAUCUCAAGGACAUGGUACACCAACUGGCGAGUCCCCAUCAGUGAAACCACCACCAUUUCCUAAAGUACAGGGUACGUAUUCAGGUCAAACGGUUAGUGUAGCAGAUGACGAAGAUCGACUUGAUUUCGUGGGACCCCGUGACGACUCAAUUAGUCGAUUAUCAAGAACUUUUGGUGCAUUAUUACGUCCGGAAGAUUUACGUCCAACUGAGAAAAGUGUACAUUUUAGUGAUGAUUCGACUGGACAAGAUGAAGGUGGUACAAGUGAUUAUGAAAAAUCAUUUGACGAGCAAGAAGAUGCAGGAACGUGGAUGGAUGUUUCGGAAUCAACAGUUGUGAAACUCUAUGAACGAAUUUUGAAGCUUACUAACAAACAGCAUGAAUUAGAGUCGCAACCAGAAUCCGAUCCGAAAGAAAAAGAAGAAGUUGCUCGGGAGCUGGAAAAUUUGUACGAUGAACUUCAUGCUGCUGAAGAAAUGAAGUGA